GUUCUUCAAGGCCAUCGCGACGGAGGCAUGCCUGGGAAAGGCGCUGCGGGCGAACAGUCAGGAGGUUUCCAACACUGUCUGGGCCUUUGCCACGGCUGGCCACAAGGACCACCAGCUGAUGCAGGCCCUCGGGGACGCCGCCGUGCGGGAGUUGCACGCGUUCAAGCCGCAGGAGAUCUCCAACACCUUGUGGGGAUUCGCCACCCUCGGCUUCUACCACCACGACUUCUGCGAGGGCGCCGUGCAGCUCCUGCCGCGCAUG